UAUUGAAACGGUACCAAAUUUUUCGUCGCCCUGUAAACACACCGACCGAGCUAGUGACGUUUCACUUGUUUUUGUUCGGCGGCGCCGCCUACGAUCAAAAAUGUAGAUGAAAUGUCAAGUCGUAGCCUUUUUUUUACAAUUUUCGUUAUUAAAAAUAGGAUAAAAUGCGUUUUUUUCCGCCGCAAACUGCCAGUUAAUUAAACCUUUGUUUUGUCAUUCUUUGAGUCAUGGAGGAGGAGGACCCUCGAGCCACUGCUACCCCCGUUGAGGUGCCCGAAUCGCCGAAACCCCUCGCUUUUACCAUAGACUUCGGGGGUGGCGUGAAAGGCUACGAUACGCAGAAGCACAAGGCGCUAGUGGAGAAGUUUCAGAAUAGGCAUCGGCGAGGACAGUCUCUGUCGAAGCUGGAGGAUGCGGCGAAAAGGCACUCGUCCGAAGGUUAUUCGUCAAGUGAUGAACGUGACCAAAAGAACGUGCGAUCGGCGAAGCUACGAUCGGAGCUCUCUUUACCGCUGAAGAGUGUGGUGGUCGGUGAUAAAAUGACCCAGUCGUUUCCUAACGGUAGCUUCAAUCUGGAAACGAUCAAAAGUCCAGAUUUAGAAUUAAAGAACGCCUCGAGUCCCGAGCUUGGUACUCCCCGUCCUCUGCCGCACAAAACCCUAAUCCGACACGCCUCCAGUCCCGUUGUGGAGGUCUUCGUGGACGGUACCGAGUUCGACUUCGACAAAUCGGACACAGUUAGUGACGCCGGUACUUACACGCUCGAGGCCGAUAAUUACACCGAAGAGCAGAAGGCGAGAAUGAGUAUUGAUCGCGACUUUAACAUCGAGCAGGUGUCUCUUAUGAAAAAGACAGAGGAGUACCUUGAGAGCUUAACAAAAAAGCCGACCUCGCCGAAACGGCUGUUGUCCCCCAUCCUCUCCCCGACGCAAAACCUCUCGAUCGUCGACCGCAAGGACACCGAAAUGAACAAAAUUUUGUACCCGACCGUCCGAGCGAAGACCGGCAUCGGCUUCGAUCAGGGCUGCUUUACGUCGGUCACCUCGAGCGGUGCCUUCAGCCGUAAGGGCGACACCCCGAAGCACGCCCGUCAGCCGAGCCUCACCAAGUCCGAAGUCCAAAUCCAGACGUACGUCGACGUCGGUUGCGCGCACAGUCCUCCUGCCCCAGCCGUCGAACCACCCAAGGUGACGAACUUACCGCCGGCGAUUGGCGGCAUCUCGGGCUCCCCGACCAAGAUACCGUCGCCCGUUCACUCGGCGAGACCGCGCAGUAGAAACAGCGUGAGCUCCUUAAACGUCGACCUAUCCGACAGCAGCCUCGAGACGGAAUCGUUCCUGAAACCGACCCAGAAUUACAUCAACUCUCUGCAGAAACGACUGUCGUUGGACAGCGACAGUAGCGACUACGAUAACAAAACGAACUUACGACUGAAUAACGAAACGUGCGAUCUGCUUAAGCAGAAGUCGCUGCACGUCAGGCACAAUUCGUUCGACGACAAGCACCUCAAGAUCUCGAACAAGUUGGAGCACUUUCAGAACAAGAACCUUCAGGGUAUUGAUCAAACUUACACGAAUAAGUUGAAUCAAUACAGGCAUAAGCUGCAGAACUCGCCGAAUAACAGUCCAAUACGACGAUCGAGCAGUUUCUCCAAUAAGAAUCAGUUUAUUAAUCCGCCGAAAGUUAGCAAUUUGAAUGUGACCAAAGACAUUAAUUUGAGGAACUCUCCAAAUUUGAAUGGAUCAAUUCAGCGAUCAUCGUCGACGGCGAACAUUAAACCGAGCCUGCUACAGCUUCGCCGAUCGAGCGUGAACAGUGAGCAUGCGAAAAUCGACCGUAAUCAAUUCGGCGACACCGAAUCGAGUAGCGAGGACGACUUCGAGAAGAACCUACUCAAGAAGAAAGACUUUACGAACUUGACGAACACGCGAUACAACCGCGCCUUCAGCCUGCGGCGGGCGCGGCUCGAUAGCGACGCGCCCCCGCCGAAAUGUCCGAACACGCCGGAGAUGCGUCGGAAAUUUCAGCCCGAGCACUUGCGCUCGGAACGUGCAAUAUCGGUCGACCGGCGCCCCGUCAAGACGAACGAGGUGCCGAGUCGAUACCUGCAAAGUAUUAACAAGAAGAACGCCCCCGUUGAGGUGGUCAGGAGUGUGCCAAAAAUCGGAUCCGGGAAGGCGCCGCCCGGCAAGCCGCAGGUGCUGUCGCGCACGGACUCGGGACGUUUCAGCGUGCGUUCCGCGAAACCGGUUGCGAUUGUGCAAAAGGGCGCGAAAAAGGAAGGAAAGAAGCAGUCGGGCGGGCGGAGCAAUUCGUCUCUCUCAAGUCGAGAGGUAGAGUUUCAGAAUUGGAAGCGGAGAAAGAGCUACGAUCCGAUGAAGGCGGCCGCCGAGGGUAAGAAGAAGGCGGAAAUGGCGAAGAAGCACAACCACAAUAUCAUGACUCAAUCGUACACUGAAAAUAACCAAAAUCAAGACUGUGAUAGUUCACCAUCUCAUUCAAGCUCGGUGCAUAGGUCUCAGAGUUUUCAUGGUACCGCAGCAAUAGAGCAACUAAUCAGUUCGGAAGAGGAGGAAGAUUUAACGUUAUCGGCCGAUGAGGGUUUCAGUCCGCCCACGCCCAGCCCGUGCGAGCUGAGUCCGGCGCGGCAUAAAAUCAGGCACGCCUGGAGAGAUCGACUUUUACACUGAAUCGUUUUUGUCGUUUAUUUAUUUAAAUCAUUUGUAGGUGGUUAAUGGAACUCAGCUGCAAUAUUUUAUUAUUCUGUACCUGAUCUACCUACACUUUUCACAACGAAUCUUGUUUAUUUUUUUUUUUUUGUAAAUAUUAUACAUUAUUUCGGAUUAAGUUCUCGCACAUAUCAUACCUUCGAUUUUGGAAGUCCCGUCUCCGAUAAGCACAAUUUCGAAAGAGUCGCGAACUGUUUCUGCAUUUUGAAUCUUCCAAUCGUAACGUGAAUAUGAUAGCUCAUCUCAUACUUACGUUUAUGACUCUUAUAUUUAACUAUAACGAAUAUUGCGAAAUGUGAUUUUAUAAUAUUAUGAGAUUAAUCUUUAAAUGUGCAGAUAUAUAUUAUAUAUUGUAUGUUUUUAAGUUUUCUUUACAUUAAACAAAGAAAAGAAACUUAGAAGAUACCAAAUGACUAUUUGCUUUAAAUAUUUUCUGUGAGAGUACGAGAGCAUGCUGUAUGUUGAGCAUUUUGUAAUGAGAGAUUUGUAUAUUUAUGCAGAAGCAUGUUUUAAUUGUUUUGCUUGCGUUUCUGUUAACAUUUUCACCAAUAAAACCAAAUUGUGUUUAA